CUAACAUCAGUUCAUAUGCGCGGCGCGGCGGAACAGUGCAUCACAAGAAAGUUCAAAAACAAACCGUUCUUUUCUUGGAAAAUAUUUAAAAAAUAAUAAGUUAUCUUGUAAAAUAAAAUAAUAAUAAAAUCAAAUUUAAGUCAAAACAACAUAACUUAUCCACUUGCCAUGGAGGACGAUCUGAAUCACCUUUCCAGCAGUAUUAUUGACAAUUUGGAUAAAUUCAACGCGAUCCUAAAAUCUGCCAGUUUGGAAUCCAAACUGCUUGCCAAUCCGGAGCUUCCGGACCGUUUGAUGAUGCUGUCACAACAAGAAUGGGCACCCGGAUCCAACAUUGGUUCCGCUGAUCCAGCGGACCGCCUUACUGCCGAAGAUAUGGAGUGCUUAUUCAACAAAAUCCGACAUCGUCCUGCCGUUGGGUCAACCCGAACCGGUGUCAAUCGAAUUCCGGCACAGAAGAAGGCCAUUCCGCUGCAGCAAUCUCGCAUCCUGAAUGAAACCAACUUGGUAAGUAGCCCGUCUGGAUCGUUAACCGAUCUGAGCGAAAGCGGUGGCAGUAAAUUGGCUCGAACGAUCGACGUGGAAGCCAUGGUCAAAUCUCUGAAGCAAUCGAUAGAAGCGAUGGGGCAGAUCGAAAAUAGGCCAUUGAAUGCGAUCGAUUUUGAACGGGUCGAGCGGUAUAGCCGACGGGAGAAUGUUAAGAUCAAGGAUACCAUUCGGGAUGUCGAGCUUAUGGUGCACGACUUAGAACGGUAUGUGGCCAGCGUGCGGGGUAGCGACGAAGACCGAAAGGAACUUAUUAGCGAAAACUUGGCGUUGAGAUUAAGAGAUUUAUCAGAGACUUUGUCCCAGGUGAUAUUCAUAAAGAACAACGAAUACAUUCCAAAUAUGGGCAGCCUCGCUGCUUUCGGCUCUUUUCCGCUGGCCGAAUGUUUGGACGACGUGAAUGAGAACAUUCGACAAAAAAAGAUCUAUCAAUAGUGAUUUACAAAAUAAUAUACGUUAUUAAACAGCA